AUGCCCUCCCCUCGACGUAUAUCCUACUACUAUGAUCCGGACGUAGGCUCAUACUCGUACGGAGCUCACCACCCAAUGCGGCCCAUGCGGAUGCGGAUAGCCCACGAACUUGUGACUGCGUACGACCUCUUACCCAAGAUGGAAGUCUCGAUGCCUACGCGCGCGACUGCACAGUCUAUGACCGCUUUCCAUACCGACGAAUACAUCGACUUCUUGACGAAGGUGACGCCUGAUAACUUCGCUCAGCUCUCCUUCGACGGAAAACAAUACCUGGUGGGUUACGACAACCCAGUCUUUGACGGCAUCUUUGAGUUUUGUUCAAUCUCCGCUGGAGGGACCCUAGCUGCAGCUAAGGCAAUAUCGUCUGGCCAUGCUGACAUUGGCAUCAACUGGGCAGGCGGCCUGCAUCACGCAAAGCGACAAGAGGCCAGCGGUUUCUGCUACAUCAAUGACAUAGUCCUCGGGAUACUGGAGCUUCUGCGCGUAUACCCUCGCGUUCUCUACAUCGACAUUGACUGCCAUCACGGUGAUGGUGUCGAAGAAGCUUUCUACACCUCUGACCGCGUGAUGACUUGCAGCUUCCACAAGUUCGGCGACUUCUUCCCCGGAACUGGCACGCAAAGGGAUAGAGGCGUCGAAAGGGGUUUUGGUUACGCAGUGAACGUCCCUCUCCGAGAUGGCCUGAGUGACGACUCCUUCCGCGAGGUUUUCGAACCCGUCAUCAGCAGGAUCAUGGAGGUCUUCCAACCAUCGGCUGUCGUGUUACAGUGCGGCGCCGAUUCCCUAUCCGGUGACAAACUUGGCCAAUUCAACGUGUCGAUGUACGGCCAUGCGGCAUGCGUCCAGUUUGUACGCAGUUUCGAUGUCCCCUUUGUGCUCCUAGGUGGAGGCGGUUAUGCGGUGAAGAACGCCGCCCGAGCGUGGACGUACGAAACGGCCUGCGCUAUAGGCGUGGAGAAGGACAUCGAUGUUGUACUGCCCUGGACCGACUACUUCGAGUGGUUCGGACCUCGAUAUCGCCUGGAGGUCCCGCCCAGUAACAUGGAGGACGUGAACUUGCGAGAUAACUAUCUUGAGCGUGUCAAGACGCUCACGCUGCAGCAGCUUUCUGAGCUGAAGGGGGCUCCCUCAGUCGGGUUACAUGAUACACCUCGGCAGGCUUUAGACGAACAUCUUGGCCUGACUUCUGUGACCGUGCGGGGAUUGCACGGAGAGGUUGACGAUCUUGACAAACGGAUCGCUCAGAUGUCCCGUUACGUAUAUGAGCUUCAGGAGCCAGCAGCACCUGCGUUAUCACUGGACGAGUCGGACUCAUCUACCGAAUAUGACUCCGAGGAUGCGGAAUCACGCCGAAAGCAGUCCAUCCGACAUACAGAGAAAUGGAGGCGAAGAAUGAGCAUUAUAUCGAACGACUGGUACGACCUACCCCCAGCUCUAGAUAUUCAUGAACAUGACGGCACCACCGACAUCGGGGAGCGGAAGGGACUGAAACGGAGAAGUUUAUUUGAUAGCGGCUUAUCAUGGGACUACAACUCAGGGCAAGCCGUCGUCAAUCGCUUCGAAGGACGAUCUAUAUGGCCCAUUGGACAACGUGGACCUGGAAGAUUAUUGACGGCGGUGGAGUAG